AUGGUAGUGUUAUUCCUCCUAAAAAUGUUAACACCUUUCGCAUAUGCCGUGUACAAUAAAGUACCCGUGGUAAACAAUGUGUCGUUUAAGGCCUUCAGGGGACAAAUCACUGCACUACUCGGUCACAACGGAGCCGGCAAAACCACCACAAUACGCAUGAUAACAGGACAACUAGCGUCCACCAAGGGUCUGGUGCUCAUCGGAGGUCACAAUGUGAAAACCCAAAGCCAAGCCGCUCACGAAGACAUGGGCAUUUGUCCUCAGACAGACAUCCACUUCAAGGACAUGACCGUCUACGAACACCUCCUCUUUUUCUCUGAGUUGAAGCGAGUUCCAAGCUCGGAAAUUGAGCAACAGCUCUGCAAGCUGCUCUCGCUCCUCAAGAUGUCUCAGAAGAGGGCGGUGCUUGCCAGGCAUCUGUCCGGGGGAUACCGGCGCAAGCUGUCCAUUGGAAUUGCCCUCGUCGGGAACUCAAAGGUGGUCAUCCUAGACGAGCCCACGGCGGGAAUGGACCCAGCGGCCCGUCGAGAAAUAUGGGACCUCCUUAUACUUGAAAAGGCCAACAGGACGAUCCUCCUCACGACCCAUGCCAUGGAAGAAGCGGAUGCCAUCGGAGAUCGCAUCGCCAUCAUGGCUAACGGCGUCAUUCAGUGCUGCGGUACCUCGUUCUUUCUCAAGAAAAAUCUCGGAGCCGGUUAUCACAUGGUCAUAGUGAAGAACCCGGUCUGCAAUGUGCGCACCCUGCUCGAAGUGGUGGCGGCCUUCGCGCCCUCCGCUGAGAUGGAAAGCAACGUGGGCACCGAACUGUCCCUCCGCAUCUCGCGCUUCGACCAGCCUUUCUUCAAGCACCUGUUCAGCCACCUGGAAGACAACAAGGAGAAGCUCGGAAUCUCCAGCUUUGGCGUCUCUGUCACCACGCUAGAAGAGGUUUUUCUCAGAGUUGGCGACUACGCUGUCCAGGCCAUGCGCGAACUUCGAAACAUGACAGAGGAUGGCCAACUUCAAAAUUCGGCCGCAAGCCAGCUCAUCGGCAUCCUCAACUCCUUCAUGCCGGCCAGCGGUUCCUCCGAUGAAUCUGGAGAAAAGUCUCCGACCAACACCGGCUUCCGACUCUUCGUUCAGCAGACCUGGGCGCUGCUCACGAUGAACAUGCUGAACAGCGUGCGCAACGUCCAACUCACCGUCUCGCAGCUCCUGGUGCCCCUCGCCGUUCUCAGCUUCACGCUCACCUGGAUCGACCUGCUUCCCAAGGUGUACAUCCCGAGCGCACGGCUCCUGGACAUCAACCGCAUCCACUGGAGCACCGUGCCGUACUCGUUCCGCGGAAACAAGUCGAGGUCCCUGAUCGAAGCCUUUAAGAAUCAGCUUGACUCGUAUAGGGUGAUGGCGCUUCCGGUGGAGGACAACAUGAACGGCUACCUGUUGGAUCAGACCCUGGGGGAUAGCAGCGACUUCAUGUUGAACACACUCAUCGCGAUGGACUCUAUGGACGAAGCUACGGCCGGACGCGUGGUCCACCUCUUCUUCAACAACCAAAUGUUUCACACUCCUGCCAUAGCCCUAAUGGCGUACCAGCGGGCUCUGCUGCACGAGACCUUGGCAAACUCAAGCGUGAAACUGGAGAUCAUCAACCAUCCUUUUCCUAGGGUUGUUGAAGAGAAGGCCAACAAACUGCUCACGAUGCAUCGAGAAAGCUUCCAAAUCGGCCACCAGGCGGUCUUUGGCACGUCAUUCCUGGUCUCCAGCUUCGCCAUCUUCUUAGUCAUCGAUCACGUGAGCGGAUCGCGUCACCUGCAACGAAUUUCCGGGCUCAACAUGGCCGCUUACUGGAUAGCCAACCUCACCUGGAGCAUGUUCAUCUACUUGCUGUCCACCGCCAUCGUCAUCGCUACCCUGAUCUUCUCCAGAGUGCCAGGCUUUGCCGACGGCAAGGAACAGGUGGUCAUCUUCCUCGUGUUCUUCUACUACGGCUGCUCGGCGCUGCCGCUGGUUGCAGCAGCGUCCUUCAUAUUUCACUCCCACUCCUCUGCGUGCGUUAGGAUUGGCACAGUGAAUUUUGCCAUAGGUCUCUCGAGCCUCGUUCUGGUAGCUCUGCUAGAGUGGCAAAACGAGAAACACUUCAUGGACCUUGCGACCAGCAUCGACAGCGUAGUCACGGCCUUGGCGCCCAUGUACGGUCUCGGUCGCGCCAUCAGCACUCUGUACCGGAACACCCACUUCAACCUAGUGUGCAACGACGCGUCCACCCAGAACGUGAUCUGUGAAAUAAACCCGGACAGGGCCCGGUACUGCUGCAAAGAUUACUGCCAGGGGCUUAAGUGCAUCAACUGGCAGCCGGACAUCUUUGACUGGGGUUCACUGCACAUAUCUUGGGCCAUCCUCUCGUUCGGUGUCCACGCCAUACUGGGGACUCUGGUCCUGUGGAUGUUUGAGAAGAACGCGUCGUACUUUGUUGAGAGGCUCUCCAUCAGCAGGAUACAGACGACCUCGCAUAGCGACCAGGUGGAGACGGAGGUUCUGGAGGACGACAACGUCGCCGAAGAGAGGUGCCGCAUCAUCACGACUCCCAUCGAAGAACUGUCUGCGAAGGACAUUCUCGUGAUGCGGGAGCUGUGUCGCUCUUACGGCAACACGAAGGCCGUCAACGACCUGUCCCUGGGUAUCCGGCGCGGCGAGUGCUUCGGUCUUCUGGGCAUCAACGGCGCCGGGAAGACGACCACCUUCAAGAUGCUCACGGGAACCAUCAAGGUGACCGCGGGAGACGCCUUCGUGGACGGCUACAGCGUCGUCCACAAGCCCCGAGAGGUGUCGAAGCGCAUCGGCUACUGCCCUCAGCACGACGCCCUGCCGGAGUUCCUGACCGGACGCGAGGUGCUGACGCUUUACGCCCGCAUCCGGGGCAUCCCGGAGUCCCACAUCCCGCUCGUGUGCACGGCGCUCGCCAAGCUGUUCUAUUUCCACAUGCACCUGGACAAGACGCUCAGGACGUACAGCAUGGAGGAGUGCGAGGCCAUGUGCAGCAGCCUGGUGAUCAUGGUCAACGGCCGGUUCUGUUGCCUGGGCUCACCGCAGCACCUCAAGAACAAAUUCGGCAGCGGUUACUCCAUCAUGAUCAAGGUGUCCGGAGCCCGAAUGUCUUGCACCUCCGCCACGUCCAUGAGUUCGCUGAGCAGCGAGGAAUCCAUCGGUACCGAAGUGUUGGGUAUCAAGGCAUACAUGGAGGUUGGCACCUCGCUUCGCAAAAUGCGCUUCAUCCUAGCGGACUUCACUUCCUGGAUCCCCACUUUUCUGGCCCUUUGGGCCCGACUGCCUAACAUCGACCUGAUCGGGGUGCAUGACGGGCUGCUCGAGUACCACCUACCGGCCACGAGCAUGACCUGGGCCGAAAUCUUUGACAUCAUGGACCAGGUCAAAUCCGUCUUCAACGUCGUCGAUUACUCCGUGGCGCAGCUCACCCUGGAGCAAGUCUUCCUGCACUUUGCAAUGCUCCAGCGAGAGACCCAGACGUGA